AAAUCAGAGGCCAAGUUUAUCAUAAAAUAGGCUCAUUGCUGCCAAUGCCAAACGAACCACAUAAAUUUUUACAAAUCUACUUUAUGGGCGGCGAGGACUCCGGAAGCGCACUAGCCAAUCGGGUGGAUACACGUUGUGGCUACAAUAACCUUGAUUCAUUCUUUGCUAGACGCAUCGUCAGCGAGCUGGAUGCUCUAUUGAAUGAGCAUAAUGAAUUGUUGAAAAUAUUCAAAUCCCACAUGCACAAAUUAGAAAGCGAUAAUCACGCUAUUGUUAUUAAUCCUGAUAAAACACCAGCUGGAGAACACAUUCGUAGAUUUAAUGCACCUGUUGCUGACGACGUUGCUGGAAUCAUGGUUGGCGAUCGUACAGGUGCACAAGAAAUUGUGAUUCGUAGGAGAAAUAAUAAUCUUCAGUUCAUUGCUGAUACACACCGUUCAUACGACGCUCUCCAAUAUCCGCUAAUCUUCUGGAAGGGACAAGAUGGAUGUAGCAUAAAUAUUAAACAACGAGAUCCCGUAUCAGGAGGCGAAACAAACAAGAACGUUAGCUCGAAGGAUUAUUAUGCGUAUAGAUUGAUGAUUAGACGCGGGCUGGAUAACGUCAUUCUACGAUUUCGAGAGCUUUGUCAACAAUUCAUGGUCGACAUGUACGCGAAGAUAGAAGGCGAACGACUACGAUACUUACGAUAUAAUCAACUCAAGCUACGUGUGGAAGAGUACAUUCACUUGCGAGACGCUAUUGUCAACAACGCCGACGCCGCCGAAAUUGGUAACUCUGUCAUUCUACCAUCAUCGUACGUAGGCAGUCCACGUCAUAUGCAAGAGUAUAUACAGGAUGCUCUGACUUUCGUGCGCAAAUAUGGGCGACCGUGUUUAUUUAUCACGUUCACAUGUAAUCCAAAAUGGCCAGAGAUUACAUCUUUUCUGUUGCCUGGCCAAAAUGCAAUACAUCGUCAUGACAUUACAGCACGUGUGUUUAGACAAAAGCUGAAAUCAUUAAUAAAUUUUAUUACUAAAUCACAUGUAUUUGAUCCCACACGUUGCUGGCUGUAUUCGGUUGAGUGGCAAAAGCGAGGAUUACCUCAUGCCCACAUUUUGGUAUGGUUAAUCGACAAAAUCCGUCCUGAAGAAAUAGAUAAUAUAAUUUCUGCAGAAAUUCUCGAUCCGUCUACUGAUCAAUUGCUGUUUGAUAUUGUUACAGCAAACAUGAUUAAUGGCCCAUGCGGUACUUAUAUAAAUUUACUGAGUAGGUCCCCCCCCUUUCCCCUAUCCGUUCUUUCCCAACUCCCUUAAAAAUU